UACACAUAAGCCAUGAAUUUGCCAAAACCAAUGGACCAAUUACUCCCAAUCCUCCUCUUUCCCCUCCUAAUCAUCGUCGUCGCCCUAACUCGGAUCACCAAAUCCACAAAUUCCAGCUGCAAAUCAUCAUCACCUGACAUCUUCGUAGCUCCUCUGCCGCCUGGCCCACGCCCGCUUCCGAUCAUCGGCCAACUGCAUCAUCUGCUCUCCGGCGACCCCCUCGCCCAUGUUUCUCUCAGAAACCUCUCCUCCCUUCACGGCCCCAUCAUUCUCCUCCGCCUCGGCCAACUAAACCUCACCGUCGUCUCCUCCCGAGAAGCCGCCGAAGAAAUCCUCCGAACCCAAGACCUCUGCUUCGCAUCUCGCCCACAGCUCAUCCGCAGCGGAGCUAUGACCUAUGGCUACAACGACAUCGCCAUGGCACCUUACGGCCCCAACUGGCGCCUUCUCCGCAAGAUCUGCGUGACGGAGCUGCUCACAGCCAAGCGCGUCGCCAGCUUCGCAGCCAUCAGAAAAGAGGCUGUUUCAGCCUUAGUCGAAAGCAUCGCCGCCGCCGCCGGAAGAAAAGAAGCUGUCAAUCUCAAGCAAAAGCUUGAGGAGACCACGAAUGAUAUUAUAAUGAAGGCGGCGUUCAGCAGAAGGUGUCGACAAGGGAGGAAGGAGGAGUUGCUAAGCAUGAUGCGGGAAAUGAUCUCGCUGACGUCGGGACUAAACGUGGCUGAAUUUUUCCCGUGUCUAGGGUUUAUUGACACCAUGCUCGGCGUGAAGGGACAAAUCGAAAGGCAUUUUAGGAGAAUGGAUGAGAUCCUGGAGGAGCUCAUCGGCGAGCACGAAGAUCGGCUGAGGUUGAAGAAGAUGGCAGGCCCUGAAAGCGGCGACGAGGAUUUGCUGGAUGUUCUGCUUCGGGCUAGGGACGAAGGGCACGUGGACCAAUCGAUUAGCACUCAAAACGUUAAGGCGAUCGCCGCUGACCUAUUCUUUGCUGGCACAGAUACAUCAUCAACUACAAUGCAAUGGGCCAUGUCUGAGCUGAUAAGAAAUCCCAAAGCAAUGGAGAAAAUACAAAAGGAGAUCCGACAAGUGGCCGCAACAGCACGAAAGAGACAAAUAGAAGAAGAAGACCUCAACCAGCUCGACUACUUAAAACAAGUUAUCAAAGAGACUCUACGGCUCCACCCUUCCCUUCCAUUACUGGUGCCGAGAUUGUGCCGCCAGACCUGCCAAGUGCAAGGAUACACAGUACCGGCCGGCACGAGAGUUCUCGUCAAUGUGUGGGCGUUAGGCAGGGAUUCUCGAUACUGGAAACAGCCGGAGAUGUUUCGGCCGGAGAGGUUUGAUGAAGCGGUGGUGGAUUUCAAAGGAGCUAACUUUGAGUUCUUGCCGUUCGGAGGCGGCCGGAGGAUUUGCCCAGGGAUGAAUUUUGGAAUGGCGAGUGUGGAGCUUGUGUUGGCUAAUCUGUUGCUUUGCUUUGAUUGGGAGCUUCCGGAUGGACGGAGGGCUGAGGAUUUGGAUAUGAGGGAGGUCAGUGGAUCAACUACAGGAAGGAAGGUUGAUUUGUGUCUGCUUGCAACUCCAUAUGUUUCAAGCUAGCUCCCAUUUUCAAUGAAAAUAUUUAUGUUAAAAAUAUAUUUGAAUGAGCUAAGAUGCUAAAAAGCUUACUGAUGUAUUGCUUA